AGAAUCGCUAAUAAAUCGUUCAUUGUCAUUACCACCUUCACCGUGUGUUUUACUCUGAGCUCUACCCAAGUCCGCUACAUCUGGUAACCCCGACGCUGAAGAAAUCGCUGCAGGAGAAAACUAUGGCCGAACAAGGAGCAAGCACUCAGCCACAGAUGAAGAUCACUUCUGAAGUCCCUGAGGGUCUCGUCAGUGACAUCAGCGCAGUCUCUGUGCAAUCCAGAAUGCUGCCAUUUUGGAGACAACAUCCGCGCGCCUGGUUUCUACAUUUUGAAGCCGUCGUCGACCCCCUGAAGACGUCUGACGACCAAAAAUAUCGUUACCUGCUCCAACAACUGCAGCAAACCGAUCUAGAGCACAUUACGGACAUUCUCUACGAUCCGACAGCCAGCAAGAAAUAUGAAAAGGUGAAGCAGCGUCUACUAGAGACAUACGACACAUCAGACGUAAAAAACUUCCAGAAACUCGUCAGCGGCCUAGAAUUGGGAGACUUGAAGCCGUCGCAACUCAUGCGAAAAAUGAAGGAGCUCGCAAGCGGCAUGAUAACAGACGAAGGACUCCGGAUCGAAUGGAUGAACCGCCUUCCCGCGCAAGUUCGCGUCAUACUCUCCAUCAACAAAGAGUCGUCGCUAGAAACUCUAGCGGCAAUGGCGGACAAAAUGGUGGAGUACGCAGAAGUUCCCAGCGUUGCUGCCGUCACAGCAACGUGCCCCGCACCAGCGCCGUCAACCUCGUCAGCUUCAGAACCUUCCUACAUGGAAACCCUAGCGAGACAAAUCGAGAAGCUCACGCUGGAAAAACAAGAAGAGUUCGGGAAACUAACUCGGACACCGACCGUGGCGGACGUCGGUGUCUCCCGCACUAGUCAUCGCCUCUGUGUCUUCGAUCGCGACACCCGAGAACGUUUCCUCGUGGACACAGGCGCCGACAUCUCCGUGCUCGCCGCCACACAACUUAGAAAAAAGAAGCGCACCGAGGAGACAUACAAAUUGUAUGCAGCGAACAACACACCGAUCAAAACCUACGGAGAAGAAACUAUAAAGCUCAACCUUGGACUCCGUCGAAGUUUUCGAUGGACGUUUGUAGUGGCCGACAUCAAAACAUCGAUUCUGGGCGCCGAUUUUCUACACCACUACAAACUACUCGUCGAUCUUCACACGAAGAGACUGGUCGACAAAGUAACCGACUUAUCCGUCAACGCCGUGAAAGUCGUUACCGAUAUCGAGUCCGUGCACGUCGUGAGCAGCGACCAAGCUUACCACGACAUCCUCAAGUUGUUCCCGAACGUCCUCCGGCCAAUGUCACUGAAGCAGCCGAGCAAACACGAUGUCGUUCAUCAUAUUGAAACAACUGGGCCACCGCUUUUCGCUCGAGCACGACCUCUACCACCGGACAAAUACAAGACCGCGCAGCUAGAGUUCGAGCGUAUGAUGGAGAUGGGAAUCUGCAAGCCGUCUAAGAGUCCGUGGGCAAGCCCUCUACACGUCGUGAAGAAAAAGGACGGAACAUUACGCGUAUGUGGAGACUACAGGCGACUUAAUGCGGUCACUCUACCCGAUCGCUAUCCCAUACCGCGUAUACAAGACUUCACUUACAAGCUGCACGGCAAGAAGUUAUUCUCGAAGCUCGACUUAAAAAUGGCCUACUUUUGGAUACCCAUCUCCAAGGAAGACGCAGAGAAAACAGCCAUUAUUACCCCCUUUGGCUUGUUUGAAUUUAACUGCAUGACGUUUGGCCUCCGAAAUGCAAGCCAAACCUUCCAGCGGUUCAUGCAUCAAAUACUCAGAGGUAUAGACGGAUGCUUCUCUUUUGUGGAUGACCUCUUGAUCUUCGCAGAAGAUGAAGACAGCCACAAGAAGCUUCUCCGCCAAGUCCUAGAGCGCCUAGAUCAAAAUGGCGUCACACUGAACAUCGAGAAGUGCGAGUUCGGGAAAAAGUUUCCGCAGAUGGUAUUAAACCCAGCGAAGAUCGCAUCAAGGCAAUAG